UAUUCUGGUCGUUAAGUAAUCAGCCAAUGGAGAUUUAAUAUUGUUUUAUCGUUGAGCUGAUUUAUUGGGGAAAUAGCUUUGGAUGGAGUGUGGAUGGUUGUGGUAUUUUUUUUUCCAGAAAUUAAUAUAAUUACAGGAUUUAUCAUUCUUGGGAAUAUAUUUUGAAGGGCUGUAUUCGGUAUCCUAUUCUUCAUUGCUGUAGUGGAGUAUGAUUUCUAGAGACAUGGAUGUUCAUCGACAGCAUUGAUGAGAGACACUGGAGAGUGUAGGGGCUAUAAAUAUGAAGACACGGCAGGUGUCGUCUGCUCCACUGGCUGGGUCCCCCCUCAGCAGUCUGUCCACCAGUUCCAGUAGUCUAUCGUUUGAGGGGAUACCUGACGAAGUCACCCGCCUGUCAGAGGAAAAGAGUAAAAAUGUCAAAGGAGGAGAUGAAACAGUAUGGAAGGAAGAAAUUCGAAAACGUAUGGAAGAUGAACUCAAUGCUCGAGUGCGUGAAGCCUUAGAAACACCUCCAUUAGAAAGAGCUGAGCGUCAGCGCCUGUCCAGUCAACAACAACAAAGUGCUCGUAGCAGUCUUGAUAAACUCAACUCGCAUCUCCUGUUUGAACUCAAUGACAAAAAUCAUGCCUAUUUGAAGGCUAGGAAGUGGCGAGCUCUACAGGCAAAGAAGCAGAUGCAAAACUUAAUGAGGAUGAACUACACACUGACGCCAGCUCCCACCAGCACCAUUGAUGUUAUCUUCAAAGACAAACUCUCAAAAUCCAAUCAGGAUGAAUUCCCAGGAGUGUUUGGUCUUCAGACAUUUUCUGAGGGAAUCAAAGACCGUAACAGUUUAGAAAAAUAUCCAUCUUUAAAGCAAAUUCACAGACAGUUUUACACCAAAGAAGGCUUUUUAGCUGCCUUGAAUUCAGGACACUUUCCAGAUGGGUCAAAAUUUGACUGUAAUGAAAAUGGUGCAUAUAAAGACAGAUUUGGUGUGAUUCGAGACCAGCAUGGUCCUUUCUGGCCAGGAGAAUGGGGCCCCCUGUUUCCAACACCCAGAUUUCAGUGGUUUACAGAUAUCCUUGAAGAACCGCUAUUUACCUCUGCUCACAAUCAACAGUUUACAAAGACUUUCGACAACCAACAGACACCAUAUACUUCAAAAUGGCGAGGGGUGUUGAUCGUGUAUGAUUCGGAACGAAGCAGUCGUGAUCAUUCUCCACAGCCUGUUCCAGACGGAUGCUGUCCUAAUCUAGUCUUUGAAUCCAGAUUUGAGAGUGGAAAUCUACGCCAAGCUCGAAGAGUGGGUCAAUGUGAAUAUGAAUUGGUGCUAAAAACAGACUUGUACACUAACCGGCACACACAAUGGUACUACUUCAGGAUCCAGAAUGCUGUCCCAGGGCUGGUGUACAAGUUCAGGAUAGUUAAUUUACUCAAGCGAGAUAGUCUCUAUAAUUACGGAAUGAGGCCACUUUUAUACUCAGAGAAGGAUGCUAAGGAUAAGUCUGUAGGAUGGAUCAGAGCAGGUCAUCAUAUAAGUUACUCAAGAAAUGUCAUGCAUUUACACUGCCCCUUACUCAUGAGGGGAAUUCCCUACUAUGAAUUAGAAUGGCAAAUGGAAUUUCCCAAUGCAGAGGACACCUUUUAUCUUGCCCAUUGUUACCCCUAUACAUUUACUGAUCUCAAGGAGGAUUUAGACGCCAUAUUGAACAACCAUGAGAGUCGGAAGUGGAUCAAACGAGAGGUCCUGUGUGAGACAAGGGCAGGGAACAGCUGUUUUCUGGUUACUUGUACCAACUUUGAUACCUCCCGAGAAGAGCAGAUCAAGAAGAAGGUCGUAGUGGUGACAGCACGUGUCCAUCCUGGAGAAUCUCAAGCCAGUUGGAUGAUGAAAGGUCUACUGGACUUUAUCACUAGUGGAGAUCCUGUCGCAAAAGAACUUCGCAAUAGGUUUAUAUUUAAAGUAGUUCCCAUGCUCAAUCCUGAUGGCGUGAUUGUGGGAAAUUAUCGGUGUUCUUUGGCAGCCAGAGAUUUGAACCGAAAUUACCGGCAUCCAAGGAAGGAGAGCUUUCCAACAGUAUGGUUUACCAAAAGUAUGAUGGAAAAAAUUCUGGAACGACAUGAUAUUGUCCUAUACUGUGACCUACAUGGACACAGCAGAAAACACAAUGUGUUCAUGUAUGGAAACAACACAUCAGAAGUGGAGACAGAAGAGGGGAUUGGUGCUGCUCAGGCCUAUCUCAGAGAGAGGCUCUUCCCAUGGCUCAUGUCACAAAGGUCUCCAGACAAGUUUUCUUUUCCAUCCUGCAAAUUCCAAAUCAAAAGGUGUAAGGAGUCCACAGGACGCGUGGUAAUGUGGCGCCAAAUGAGGGUCCUAAACAGUUUUACACUGGAGGCCACAUUUAGUGGCACUAUCCUUAACAGGAAAGAAUUGCGUCAUUUCAAUAUUGGUGACUUUAUGGAGAUGGGGCGAGUGUUAUCUCAAGUGGUGCUAGAUUAUGAAGUAGCUCAGGAAAGCAAAUCUAAACAGACAGAGGUUGUGUUGGACAUGACAAGGUAUAUCACAAACCAAGUGUUAGAACAAAGAGGCAUGAUUGGUGCAAGUAUUCCAAAUCUUCAUUCACUGUCUACCAAAAAUGGAAAAAAUAGUGAUGCUGACUCUGGAAUUGAUGCUAGUCAAGACAAUACGCCCGUGUUAGAUGGUAGACAGAGCACUAUAGACGACCACUUCCUGUACCAGGGCAGGGCUGACUCAGGAGACGACUCGGGCCGCAAAACAGAAAAGAAGAGGAAAGCAGACUCCAAGAGUCAUGCCAGUCUCAGUCGUAAAGAAGUGGACACGUUGAUAGAUAAAGAGUCAUUGAAGACAAUGGAUGGCUGUUUGAAAAUACUCUCAGACCUCAAUGUCCGUGAGGCCUUACAGGAAUCUGAUUCUAGUGAUAGUGACAGUGAAUCCGAGCCUGAAAUGAAAGCAGCAGAUUCCAAACCAAAGAAGAAAAAACGCAAGUCCAAGAAGCAACGAGAUAAAGAACAUCAAGAACGCAAGGGAGGGUCAGGGAGUUCAGACAAAAAACAGGAGGAGCGCUCUAAGUCACUUACGCAUUGUUUCCAAUGUAGUAGAAAUUUACAUGGGGCCUUGCCUUCUAUUUCUUGUUCUGAUGCUCAACAUGAUGCCCUUGGUAACCCUGGCAACCUUAACAAAAAGGCUUUCCAAGGUUCGUUUGUCUUGCACAGAUCCAAGACCACCUCAAACCUGGAAAAGUACAAAAAACAAACUCUGGACAGCAGGUUUGUCAGCAAAUAUGAAGGGAGGAGGAAUGGUGGCAUACCUUGCUUCUCAGAGGAGCGAAGUAUAGAGCGGGCAGCAAAGAGAAUGGCAGAUAUGAAGAAAAGAAAUGAUGAAGAAAAACAAAGAGAUAUGGCAUUCUUUUCCAAUUACCAACAACUGCUGAAGUAUCUGGACCAGGCAGGACAACCCCCCUCUAUAGAUACAAAUUGUCAACUUUCCAGCAGAUGCUCCGACACAGAAAUGCCUGAAACCACUUUUGCACGUUUCCCACGGAGAAUCAUAACACUUCAACAGGACCGACCCAUGUCUCCCCAUUCUUUACGACGUCAGGUGCCCAUCUCUCUUGUGGAAGGUGGCCCGACCAUUGCAGAAACUCUGGCCCGAAUCCGGCCACGUGAUCAUUUUAUGUCUCAGUGGAUGAGAGACUGGAUCUGUAACACUACUUUUGAUCUUCCCUUUACCUCUAACACUGAAUCAUUUCGAGACAUGACCCCAAAUUGCCUGCCGGCCACUAUGCCCUCAGUCCGAGACAUAAGUUCUGAGGAAGCGAGUGAUAGUGAUGUCCCUUCCUCCACUACCAUUACGCUCGCCGCCCGCUCUAACCCUUAUAAUCAACACAUAGAAGCCAGUGGCAAUCUCCAUCUCGCUGGCAUUGCCGCGCAAAAACGACAUAUGAGGAGUGGUCCCGUACUGAAGACGUUCACUCGCCAUAUUCCCUCCAGCUCAUCCACGCCCUCCCCCUUCUUGCCCCACAGCAUGACGCCCAUCUCCUCUGAAAUAGAUGCAGCUAAGAUUGAGAAGCGUUCCCGUAUCAGCCGUACCCCAGGUCCACUGAGUGGAGUUACCCAGGAAGCGAUAAACAGAGUUUGGGGUACGAACUUGCACGGCAGUCCUCGCAUGGGUACUACGGAUCUAACAAAAAUCUCGCCUUCAGUGCUACAUCGAGAGUAUCUCAAUGUCGUGCUAGAACGCCUGAAAAAGCGAUCACCAACACCAGUUUGAGUGCAAAGGUGUAGAACUUUCUUGCGGUGUUGGUUGUUCGUCAUUCCUGGUUUUUCUUCUUUGAUAGAUAGAAGUAGAUUAUCAACACAUUAAAAUAUCUUUCUGAGUUUGCGCUUCCACAAGGAGAUAACUAGAACUUAUAGUGAUACCAGAUAAUGCUGAUCGUGUUCAUUAAUACACUAAAGAAUUUCACUAGAUAUUAAUGAUUAGUGUUUGAUAUAUUAUUUUGACUUUAGUACCUGUAGUAUCAACCUCAUUAGGACAGCUUUAGUUAGGCCACUUAAAUUUAAUUAGUAGAUUGAUAUUCAUGGUCACCAAAAGAUGUGGGGCGGAUGAUGGGGAGAAUUUUAAUUUCUUAGACAAGAUGUUGACCACAAAAGUGAUUUUGUCCACAGAGGAAGGAGGCUAUUAAUGCCUUAUUUCAAAAGAUUCUGAAAAAGUGACCAGUAAUAAAUCUCAUAAAUACCAAUGAAAAUACAAAAUUGAGAAGGGCAAAUCUAAAGUUCUGUAAGCGUCAGGGGUGGGAUCAUGUGCCUAGAAGGAGUAAGCAUCCCUGUUGACAGUCACACCCACCAUGAGCCCUGUAUCUCGAUCAGGAAACAGAGUAGUCAGUAUGUUAAUAGCGACCUAUCAUGUCAUGCUAUGCCUUUUCCCCAUAAAUGGACUCCAGGUGAUGCCUUCAUUUCAAACACAAAAAGGUAUUGUGUUUCUGUUUUUCACAGAUGUCCUGUUUGUAUAACAAAUGAUGGCUGCUUUCUGGACUACAUUAAUGGGAAAAAAAUGCUGUAAACUAUGUAUUUCAAAUUAAGCAAAAAGUUCACAGAUAUGAUUUGAAAUUAAUUGAAUGUAUUUGAAUUCCAUGCUUAAAAUUAGGAGGGUGGCAUUAUUCAUUUGCUGCAUUCGUGAGGAUUUCCGUUGCAUUAACUUUUGGAUUUUAAAUGUUUGAUAUUUAUAUUAAACACAAUGUAAGGUUUUAGGCAUGAAGUAGCAUCGCCAAACUCUGUACAUUCUGUUGACAUAGUUUUUUAUUUGGGGUCAUGAAUAUCAUUUUCAUUUCUUUUUCAAGCCUGAUUUAUGUGAUUUUGACACGCUUUGUCUGGACGUCCGGCUGGAGUGGUCUGCUGUCACUUUUUCUACUUACAAAAUUAUAAGAACCUAUAAAAGUAGAAGUUUGCCUUUUCAUCACUAAAACUGGUGACAAACCACCCCUUCCUCUCAUUCACACCCGUCAGCAUUGGAGAAAUAAUGAAAACCGUUUUGUUUUUCUUCAGUUUUACCAGAGACAUAAAACAAAUUUGGGGCUUGUCGAUUUUUAUGGGGUGGGCAGUGAUUAUAAUUAUCGAUUAAUUUUAAGUGGCCUUAUGUAUGCUGUCAUCUGUAUGUUGUCAAAGGCUUCAGAUAUAUCUAUAUAUAUGUAGAAAAGCAUGGAUAUCUUUUUUAUGUCCCCUAUAAUGUGAGAUUCGGAGGCGUAUAGUUUUUGGUCUGUUUGUCUGCAAAAACUUUCAUCUAGCCAUAGUUUUUUUAAUAGAGGGUGAUAGGGCUUUCAUAUUUCACAUGUGUAUUCCUUUUGACAAGACCUUUUUUGGAUACCAGAAUUACUUUGCUGCCAUUUUCAAAAACGUAUCUUGUUUUUGUAUUGAUACAUAUUUAAAUAAGUACAUGUAUAUAUAAUCCACUUGAAAUCGUUAAAACUGUUGUCAGGACAAAGGCAUUGAAAGUAUGUAUGUACCUAGAACAGCAGUACACUAGUGGAAGAUAGCUGUACAUAAUACUUGUAGAUUACUGUCAUAAAAAUAUAUUUAAUGAUGGAGAAAACAAUGUUAAAAAUGAACCCAAUUGAAAAAUAUGUGCCUGUUACAUCUUUGAAAUAUCUGUAAAAUUCAAAAUGAUCAUGACAUUAUUAUUUUUAUUUCACACAGAGUCAAUGAUAUAUACAUAUAUAUAAUGAAAAUUAUGGUCCGAGUUCAAACUAAUAAUAGUUUGGGGUUUUCAGGUACGGGGGUUCAAAGCCAGAGUCGAUUCCUGACCCUUCUGCUGACUAGACAACGGAAGAAGCCCAGCCAUACUCCCACCCACACUGUUCUGUGAUGUCUGCUAGAAAGCUGUCACGACAGUGGAAUGGAACUAGUCAUUGACAAUUACGUCACUAGUCAUGUGACUAGAAUACUGGGAUUUUGCCUCCUGAUCAUUGCCGUUACAUUGAGAAAAUCUUGCCAUUCGUGUGCGAGACAGGUUCCCGGAGUCAAACUUCCUCAUAUCAUUACCAUCUUGUAUUCUAACAGAUUUAGUAGGUUUCUUUUACUUGGUGACUUUUGCUAAAUUCAUUUAUUCUCUGUACAGCUAGACAGUCAAAGAAAAAGAUGUAGAUGAGGACUAAAUAAUUUUUCGAUGAAUAUAAAGCUGUCUAACCAGUUGUCUUUCAGGCAUUUUUUUUAUUUAAAUAACACAUUAAACACUUAUGGAAGGAAGUGACUUAAUGCAUGUGGGAUAUUUGUCUGUCACUACAGCAAUCUUCUCCAAAAUCAGUCAGUGGAAAGUUCUGUAUACAAAUAUAGACCGGUUUCCCUAAACCAGUCACAAACUUUCUGCAUAUGAUGAUAUUUUUAUAAGACUUUUUUUUUUUAAUUUAUCGGGGGGAAAAAAAUCAUGUAUGCAUUAAUCAUAGUUUGUGCAUUCCUACUUGUAGACAUAAUAUGUCAAUGCAUAUGUAUAUCAUACAAAUUUAUUUAUAUUUUGUUAUAGAUAAAAAAGAAAGAAAACCCUGACUAUUAGUACAUGUGAUAUAUAUAUAUAUAUAUAUAUAUAUAUAUAUAUAUAUAUAAGCUUAUUUUUGUUUAGUUUAUUUAAUACAAUAUGAAAUACAGAAA